GAAAAACUGCUGCACGUACAUGAUAGUGAUAUAUUUGGUAACCUUGAUAGUUGUCAACUUUAACGAUUGAUAUCUCGGUUCAGGGGAGCGACACUUUUUUCUGCUAGAUUCGUUCAUUUCACGAAAAAACGCAUCGAUCGGUAUAUUUUUUAUCAAUUUUUGUGUUUGUAUAUGUUAGACAGUUAGAUUAUGCAAUUACCGCAUGGUACUGUGCAUGUACUAUGACCCUUUAUAAUGGGUCAAAAAUCUAUCCAGAAGUUUAUAGAAGCAAUUUACCGACGAAUAAAUCUGGAUCCUGGACUUUUUUUUGUUGCUCAUUAAAAUGACGCAAACCUUAGAUGAUGCACGACUUGCUGCUCGUAGAGCAGUGCAGUUUGAUAGUAAUGGUCAAUAUCAACAGGCUCUAUAUUAUUAUGACAUUGCUAUUAAACUUCUUACUAAAUUACAAUCAGAUGGCAUGUAUGAAGAUAAGCUUGCAGAGUAUUGUGAAAGGAUUUCAUUGUUACAAUGUCUUGUUCGCGAAGAGGAACAAAAUAGUCAUAAGCCGGAACCUUUACACCAGUCUGAGUUGAAGAAAUGUAAAUUUCUUAUGAAUCAAGCAUUAGAUGCGGAUGAAGCGGGUUUAAAGGAUAUUGCGAUAAAAUUAUAUACUGAUGCUGCUGAACUUGGUCUUAAUGCAAAAACUGCUGAUACAGAAGUAAAAGCAAAGUUGACAAAUCUUAUUAGAGUUGCUGUUGAACGGGCAGAAUCUUUGAAAGGAAUCAAAACUACUGCAGAUAAUGGUAUAAUGAAAAGUCUUGCUAAAUUACCAUCUGUACCAGAAAGCAGUUUUCCGGAUACUGAACAGUCAAUACAAUCACAACAACCAGUAAAUGCAUCAUCAGCUGCUCCAGAUGCCAGAUCCUUAUUUCACCGGGGAAACAGUGGACAUCUCAAAGUAACUGGUGGUAGUACUAAUUAUACUGAAGAAGAAAAGAAAGUGCUGCUAUAUGGCUCUCAUAUAAAUGAUAACGAAUUUGUACCAUUUAUGAGUAUUGAUCUUGCUGAAAAAUUCCAAUAUGCUUUUCCAUUCACUGAUAAAGACGGAUUAUUAGAGUUGGCACCAAAGCAAAAGCCCGAUUUCGCUGGCUGGCGACGACCAGAAGAAUUAUAUUCUGAUCCUAAAAUGGUCAUUGGUCAUCAUGUUGACUAUUUUAGCAUAAAACAGACUGUAGUUUCUGAUUGUUCAUUUGUUGCAUCUCUGGCUGUGAGUGCUCAAUAUGAAAAAAAAUUUGGACGAAGACUCAUAACAUCCAUUAUUUAUCCCAAAAAUAAAUCCAAGGAACCCAUAUAUAACCCAUUUGGAAAAUACAUGGUGAAACUACACAUCAAUGGCAUUCCACGUAAAGUAAUAAUAGAUGACCUUCUGCCUGUAAGCCGAUACAACCAAUUACUCUGUUCCUACUCUAGCAAUCGUGGGGAGCUAUGGAUUUCUUUACUCGAGAAGGCUUAUAUGAAAGUAAUGGGUGGUUAUAAUUUUCCUGGAUCAAAUAGUAAUAUAGAUUUACAUGCUUUAACUGGCUGGAUACCCGAAAGAUGGGCGAUAAGACCAAAUGAAGUAGAUUUUAAUAAAGAUAAUUUAUUUGAUGUAUUAUUAUUACGGCUUCACAAGGGAGAUGUGUUAGUCACUGUAGCCACAGGAGAGUUAUCAGAUUUAGAUGCAGAUCGUACUGGUCUUGUACCAAGUCAUGCAUACGCUGUUCUUGAUGUGAGAAAGAUUAAUGGAGAAAGAUUACUACAAUUGAAAAAUCCAUGGUCCCAUUUGCGAUGGAGAGGCAAUUAUUCUGAACUUGAUAUAAAACAUUGGACUCAGGAUUUGAAGGAGACAUUGAAUUACGAUCCAGAAUCUGCUUCGGUAUUUGAUAAUGGUGUUUUUUGGAUUGAUUAUGACAGUAUAUGUCGUUUCUUUGACGUAUUCUAUUUAAACUGGAAUCCAGGAUUAUUUAAUUAUACUUAUUGCAUACAUCAAAUGUGGAAAGCUGGUAUUGGACCUGUGAGAGAUGCAUACAAUAUUGGUGACAAUCCACAAUUCUCGUUAGAAAUUCAAAAUAAAGGGUCUGGUGCUAUCUGGAUACUUCUUACAAGGCAUAUUACAGAUAUAGCAGAUUUUCGACAAAAUCAAGAAUAUAUUACAGUUUUAAUUUAUCGUAAUGAUGGAAAAAGAGUAUAUUAUCCACAUGAUCCACCACCGUACAUCGAUGGUGUGAGAAUAAAUAGCCCACAUUAUUUGUGCAAAAUCAAACUCGGAGAGCAAAGUGAUGCAAAAUAUACUUUAGUCAUAUCUCAAUAUGAGAAAACAAAUACUAUCUAUUAUACGCUUCGUGCAUAUGGAACAUGUCCAUUUAUAUUACGGAAAAUACCUCAACCUUAUAAAUAUGAAAAAGAGAUUACAGGUCAAUGGAAGAACAUCACAGCAGGAGGAUGUGGUAAUCAUCCUACUUAUGUAAAUAAUCCACGAUAUCAAAUAAUACUCGAAAGUGCAAAUAAUAAUAAUUACUUACUAAUUAUUUUGAAAGGACCUAAAGAAUAUCAAAUAGGUUUUGACAUUAACACCGUCGUACUGAAAGAUAUAAAUGCCGUAACUGAAUUUAAAACAAAAAGUUCUGGACCAUUUCGAUCUGGAUUUGUUUAUUUAGAACUGGAAGAUGUACCUGCAGGAACAUACCAUAUUAUACCUUCGACAUAUGUACCUGGUCAAGAGGGACCAUUCUUUUUAAUUUGUAAAUCAUCUUGUAACUUGCAACUACAACUUCUUUAACAAAUGAAAUAUAUAAAUUGUUGAAUUAUAACUGCAGAUA